GUCUAAUAAAACCGCAUGCAUCUCCUGCGCCAAAACACUGACACACACCACCACCACCAACAACAGAGAACUCCAACACCACCAACAACUGAGGACUUCGUAAACAUGUCUUUUCUUUCGGGAAUGCUUGGCAAUAAAGGAGCAGAUUCAUUUGUCGACCAUGCUGUGGACAAAGCAGCUUCUGCCGCAAAAAAAAAAGUGAAGGAAACAAUUACUGGUAAGAAGCAGCCAGCCGAUAAGACCGGAGGCAUGGGAGGGCUUUUCCCAAGUAGUGGAGAUAAUAAGCCAAAGGAGAAAUCAGGAGGGCUGUUUGGAGGCCUGGUUUCAACAGAAAAACCAGCAGAAAACCCUCCUGCAGCAGCCACAAGUGCAGGAGACAGCAAUCCAAAGAGUCAAACAGCAGACCCCGAAUUCAACGACGCACUGGAUGAACUUGCUAAUUUCUGAUUGAAUGAUGAUCUCCGGCUGAGGACAACAGAGCAGUCUCCACGUGUCAUGACCUUCAACACAAGAUGUUCAUUUGUUGCUCAUGUAAAUAUAGUUUUAUAAAUACGGAUGCCUCCUCAAUUUCUGAUACAACGUACUAUGCCUCGUUACAUUCAUAUUAGGUUGUUUGUUCAGAUAACUUAAGUUCAUUUUGCAUGUCUUGUUUUUAGAUAUUGUGUGAUUAAAGCUGAAUAAAAAGAAUUGAUCACUUAAAAA